CCCAUGUUUCGCUAAGAAUUCAUUUCAUCGUCCAAAAUAUGCAUUUUGUGCUAUUGAAGCUUGUGAAUUCAUAUUAGGCGUCGCUCAUUUACUCCUAUGUUUGCCGUUUUUUCCAUUUUUCGUGCCAAUAAUUUCUGGUGUUUUCGGCUUAAUAACAGCGAUUCAUGCUUUUUUUUUGCGCUAUCCUAAUAGAAUCGAUUUUAUUCUGUUUUGCUGCAGUACUUUACUCGGUUUUGCUUUACUUGUAAUCUCGAUAAUUGAAUCAUUUUGCGGAAUCGAAAAAACAAUCAGUAUUUCAAAAGGAAUUUGUUUUGGUAUUGCUUAUCGUACUGUAACACUUCGAGAUUCGUGCAACGAUCUCUUACAAUUUUUUCAUAAAACUUUAGAAGAUAAAAUAUCUCAUUUGGCUUCAAUCCGAUUUUUUGUAACUAUUGUUAUUGCCAUUCUAGCCAUUGGUAAAAUUUUUUUGCUAUUUAAGUCUAGAAAUUUCAGAUUCAAUAUUCGUUCUUUCCAUGUUCAGUUUGUGAAUGCCUUAUUAAUGAUACCUGUCGCUUUUCUUCAUCAUCGCUAUUGCUGUACUUACUUUUAUGUUUGGCCAAGCUUAGCCGUUUCCUUUUAUGCCAUUUUGCAAUCUUUUGUCGCAUGGAAAUGCAAGUUUUGUGAACUUUUUACUAAUACGAUCAACCUAAUCGGAUCCGCGCUUGGGAUGUUACUGAUUGCAAUAGCUUCAUUUGGAAUAUUUUGCACCUUUGAACGAUUAUUUCAUUUUGCAACUGACUUAUUUCCAUUUUACCGAUACUGCGAGUGGCCACUUUCUGAAUACAACUAUUGUUAUCGAGUACUCGAUUUUCAAAGUCCAUAUAACGAAUGGAAUAAUCAAUCAAUAUUUUCCGAAAUAAUUGUAAUACAGCUGACCGUAUACAUGUUGAUAUAUAUCAGCGCUACCGCGCAACUGAUCUUAUCUUUAAAAUUAUUAUUUUGCUGA